AUGAUUAUUACGAUCAUGGUUGCAGGAAUAUUUAUUAGGUGCGAUGAUGAAUCGUCCCAACAAAGAGAUUCAUUAGCUAAGCAUACUGGAAUAAUAAGAAAAUUUGACUAUUCAAAUCAAGGACUUACUAGUAUUCCUGACGAGAUCUUUAAUGUACCAUACUCCUCACAUAUAACUGAAAUCAACCUUCAGAGAAACAAAAUACAUAAACUUCCUUCGAGAAUAGGUAACCUCCAACGACUAGGAAAACUCUAUGUUAAUGACAACAAAAUUACGUUUCUUCCCAAGGAAAUCGGAAAAUUGCUUCAACUUUGGGAUCUAGAUGUAAGCAACAAUAACAUAACCUGGUUACCUAUGGAAAUUGGGAAUCUACGGUCCCUCUUCCGAUUAAAAAUAAAUAACAACAAUCUUCGGAGAUUGUCUGUUAACAUGGAGAAGAUGCUAAGUCUUCAUGAAUUGCAUGCAGAAUGCAACAAGCUACGCACUUUACCCAACACAUUUAGAAAGUUCUUAAACCUUGGAAAACUUUAUCUCCGAAAUAAUUUGUUUGAAGAGAUACCAGAAGUAAUAUGCAGGAUGCACUAUCUUGAGAAGCUUGAUAUGAGAGAUAAUAAGAUACAGAGACUAAGUAGAAAGAUUGUUGAAAGACUCUUCGAUCAUGAGAUGCUGGAGAAAAUUGAUCUCCGAGGGAAUGAUCUAAAAAGAGAAAGCGAUUCCGAGUGGGUUGGAUGGGAAGAACUUGAGAAAUUAUUUAAAGAUCAGGUGCUCCUGUCGCAACUGGGAAGGCCAGGGAUUGAUGACGUUGAGUAA